UGGAACGCCACCCGCCAGCCCUCGCGGUGUUGCACCCUCGUCUUGGAAGUGACAACUAUGGACACCCUUCCUGGCCUUACCUCUGCUCCCUAACCCAAACCUCUCCUCCGCCCCCUCCUCCGCCCCCUCCUCCUCCGCCCCACCUCCCUCCAACUCCUGCUCCUCUCCUCUGACCCGUAUGGACUCGGCCCAUCGCAGCCGGCUGAGGAAGCUGAACUGGGAGCAGAUCCCCAAGGAGAAGGUGGAGGGGAGGAAGAGUGUCUGGAGUGGAGCAGCUACAGAGGAGGAAGAUUUCCCUAUAGACCUCCACUCUCUGGAUGAGCUGUUUGGACAGAAGGACAGUAAACCUCAGGACAGAGCAGGAAGUUUGAGACGCAGGUCUGUGCUGAUGCGAUGCAGUUCACCCAAGGACACCACCACAGAUAAGGUCUCACUACUGGACUCCAAACGCACUAUGAAUGUUGGGAUAUUUCUACGGCAGUUUAAGACGGCUGUCCAGGAGAUAGUUAAGGAUAUCCGGCAGGGGGUCGGGACCCGCUACGGGGCCGAGAAACUGUCUGAGCUCUGCAAACUGCUGCCUGACGCCGACGAGGAGGCUCGUCUGAAGAGGUUCAAGGCCGAACGCAGUGGGCUUGGGGAGCCCGACCUCUUCAUGAUUCUGCUAGUGGAAGUCCCCAGCUUUCGUCUGCGUCUGGAUGCCAUGAUCCUGCAAGAGGAGUUUGACCCUGCCGUGACCUCUCUCUGUUUGGCGGCCAGAUGUCUGAGGGAGGCAGCCAGAGAGCUGUUGAGCUGUCCUGAGCUGCACUCCAUCCUCCGUCUGGUUCUGAAGGCAGGAAACUACAUGAAUGCUGGUGGGUACGCAGGCAACGCAGCAGGAUUCCGAAUCCCUUCCCUGCUCAAACUGGCCGACACUAAGGCCAACAAGCCAGGCAUGAACCUCCUGCACUUUGUGGCCAUGGAAGCAGUGAAAAAGGACCAGAGUUUACUGUCGUUUCCCGGCCAACUAGGACACGUCGGCCCCGCCUCCAGGUUGUGUGAGGAGUCGGUAGUAGAGGAUCUCUCCAGGCUCCACAGCCGUCUGGCAUCCCUCAGGAUCAGUGUCCAGACGGAGGCAGAGAUCCAGCAGCUCACACAGCCUUUCCUGGAGGUGGCAGAGGAGCGUCUGAAGGAAGCAGAGGAUGAGGUGGAGGGGAUGAGGAUGUCCAGUCAGGCUCUGGUCCAGUUCUUCUGUGAGGAUGACAGCACUUUUAAACUGGAGGAGGCCUGCAGGGUCUUCCACUCCUUCUGCCUUCGCUUCCAAAGAGCCGUACAGGAAAACGCUGAGCGGGAACAGAAGGAGCAGAAACGGAUGGAACGUGAGAUGGUGGAGAAGCGUCGCUCCGUGGCCGUGUGUACAGGGCUGGACCUGGACCUGGCUGUGGCUACGGGUCGGGUGUCCCCACCGGGAACCCAGGAGAACCAGAAUGACCUAGAGAAAACCCUUGAGAACCUGAGCCACACCUGGAGCCGGCGCAGCCUUAGAACCCAGGAGAACCGCAGGCACUCCCACCACCUCCAGAACUACACCUCGGCUCCUAUUCAGACAUCCCUGGGUUUGGUUAGAAACACAUCCCCCCAACUCCACCUUAGCUCCUCCAACCUCCAGACCUCUCCAGGGCUACCCUGCCCCACCUACCCCAACCAGGAGAGACCGUCCCUGGGGACCGAUACUAGGACAGAGCCCCUGGUCCGUCAGCACCCACCCGUCCUGGAGACUAAGGGACCAAAUCAUGAAGGGACAACUCAGACUCAAGUGUCACAACCGCAACAUGAACUGACUUCUAACAUCAUUCAAACCCAGUGUGAACAUAGAUUCAAUGUCCCCCAAAACAGGCAGGACACUAUUGCCUAUGUUCCCCAAACCCAACAUGGAAUAUUUGCUAACGUCAUUGAAAGCCGACUUGCACCAACGGCUCAAGUGACUCAAACUCACGAUGAACGGACAGUUGAUGCCAGCCCUGACCAGCGUGUAUUGACCACUAAGUCUAUGGCCAGUCCUUACAGACACUCCUCCACUACCACUACUGCCAUCCCCAGUGUGAGAAGAAAUACCAUUGGUCUUAGACACAGGUAUGACCUAGAGGGGACUGACCCUACCCCUGUUUCUCAGGCGAAACACACAGACACCUCAGUCAGAGACGCAGCGCAUCAGGACCCUGACCUCGCUCAGCUAACAGUGUCAACGGUCACUCAGGUGACUCAGCAGCCCUUCGAGAGCCAAUCAGAAACAUCCAUGGCCACUGCCAGCCCAGACGGUGUCCAAUCACAAUCCCAGGAGGCUAAGGGAGCCAAUGAGACCACACCAGGACGUGGUGGUGCCUUGGAGCUGAGGCUUUCACCUGAGAGCGGACCAACCCAGCAGAGGGAAACCAAAUCUUCCUCUACACCAGUGGAACAAAGCUGGCUGCCUCCGAGCCUACCAGAGCUAAGCCCACAGCGGGCACGGGAAUGCCCAGAGGUCUCCAGCCCUGACAGGGAGAGGGACCGGUCAUACCCACGUGUGGGCGAAACCCUUGAGUGCCACACCCUGGUCCGAGGUCUGCGUUCCUACGACAACCUAUCCCCUCCUCCCACCCCCACCACAACACUCUCCAGAGCCCCACCCAGCCUCUGCUCCAAGUGGAGGAAAGCGAAGCAGGCGGAGACUCCAGGGGCUGGUUCUGGGUCUCCAAUGGGGAAAGAGGACUCUCGGGGCGGGGGGAAGUCUCCUGUUGUCCGAGGAGGGGCUAAUCGGGGCUUGGUACCCCGUGCAGGUCUACUGAACAAUACUGAUAUCCAUAGGGUGCGUUUUAUUACCAAACCAGAAACACAGACACCCACCGGCCCCGUUCCAAAUCCUAAUUUACAGACUACACCACGUUCCACUCAUCUGGCGUCCCCGUCCAUACGCAGUGCCUCCAUACGCUCCUCCCCCAUCACACGUCCUACUACUACCCAGACAGCGGGCAAGCGGCGCGGUAGCACCAGGAGUGAGAGGAGCCAGGCUGGGGUUGAGAACCAGCAGCAGGCCCCAGGGAAACCCACAUUGACCCGCCGGGCAUCAGAGAGAGCUGGGCUGGGGCUUGGACCAGAGAGGGAGAGGACUUCUAGCACCAGCACCACUAGUAGUACAGCUACCACCCAGCCAGCCUUUGUCAGAGGCUCUCAUCUCAGGGUGACCAAACGUCUUGCCCCCACCUCCAACUCUGAGACCCAACACUCCUCUCAGCCCCGCUCCACACACAGCCCCUCCUCUGCUACAGCUAAAACCAUCCGUACAGCUGUUAUAGCUGCGUCCAGGACUAAAACAACCAAGACGAGCCCCAGCACAGAACCCUCUAGAGCUGCUCUCUCUGCCUGCAAAACCCCCACAGCAACACGGAUACCUGGACCUAAAAUGGCCCGUCCUGCCUCCUCGCCCAUGUGGAAGUGAUCGUGGGAGAUCAUACCACUUUUUCAGUCUUCUGUCCACAUGCCUCGUUGUGUUUAUGUUUGUGUCCACUGUACAUGUAUGCGGGUAUCAAUAAAUGACUUGGUGAAUUGUAUCAGACCUCUGUUCUGGAGGGGUUGGCAGUUACUGGUCCAUGCAGACUCUCUAUUUAGCUUGUCCAGAAYCGAUGGGGUGUUUUCACUUGGGUCUGUCUUAUUGUAAAGUGCAAUUAAGGACGUACGAAGUACCUGCCAUACUCGCUCUUGUCUGGCAGGAAGAUGACAAAGAACUGCAACUCGAACAAAAUGGCUGCCACUACAUCACUCUACAUUUACUAUUUUGCAUAUGGACAGUAGCUGUACUGUCACUGUAGAUAGAAAUGUCUUCUGUUCUACACACUACCUCCAUCCAUUAGUGUCCUGUCCAUGCAACAGGGCACUUCAAGGAGAUACUCUAACCACCUCACACCCAACCUGGACUUUGUCAAGCUACUGAAAUGGGUGCCUCGUUUGUUGUGCAAGAAAAUCACGUUUAGAAUAAUUUGCCACUGCGGCCUCCUCUAUGCCUUGGUCUUCCAACAGACCACUCUCAUCGACCAGUCUUUUUAGGCUGUAUGUUGUAUGUUGAAAAUGGCGUGUUCGUCUUCAAAGGUUAUUUUAUUUAACUUUAUCUGCGUCCCAAAUUGCACCCUAUUCCCCAUAUAGUGCACAACCUUUGAUCAGGGCCCCCAUACAGCUCUGGUCAAAAGUAGUGCACUAUGUAGGGAAUCAUUUCUGAGUCCUCGGUGUUUCGAGUGUGCAUUCUUAGAACUGUAUUUCUACACCUGUUGUGCUGUUUGAUUAGAUGCAUGGACCAAACUCAGAUAGAAUUUCUCUUUUGUUGUUUCCUCACCUUGGGCUAUCUGUUUGUUGUUUUCUCACCUUGGGCUAUCUGUUUGUUGUUUUCUCACCUUGGGCUAUCUGUUUUGUGUUU